CGGCGGGUGGGCGGGAAAUGAUGGCGGCGGCUCACUAUGUGACGGACGAGACGGGUGCUGUUUCCACGGGUGAUGCCAGCCCUCCGGUGCCUCGCCCAAGAAGUGACUCUCCAAAUAUGAGCCUAGACAGCAAAUAUAUUCCUGCCACACAGCGCCCCGACGGGACCUGGAGGAAGCCAAGGAGGGUGCGAGACGGAUAUGUUCCUCAGGAGGAAGUGCCAGUGUAUGAAAACAAAUACGUGAAGUUUUUCAAGAGCAAACCCGAUCUGCCUCCGGGCCUUAACCCAGAGGAAGCCAACAAAGGCAAGCAGCAGCCCAAGCAGGACGGAGACACGGUCGGGCUGUCCAAGUCAGCCAAGAGAAAUCUCAAACGCAAAGAGAAACGCAAGCAGCAGCAGCAGGAGAAGGGGGAGGGAGAGGCAGAUGUGGAGGAGCUGAGCCAGUCACUGCAGAAGACUGCGGUCAGCGGCGGAGGUCACAGCCCACUGGGGCUGGGAGACUCUGAGACCAGUGAGAGGGCCAAGAAGAUCAAGAACCUCAAAAAGAAACUGCGUCAGAUCGACGACCUGCAACAGAAACUAGACUCUGGGGAGAUCAAGCAGGCGACGAAAGAGCAGCUGGAGAAACUGAGCCGCAGGAAAGCCCUGGAGGAGGAGCUGGAAGACUUGGAACUGGAUUUAUAGGAAUAACCUGCGCUAGGCCAGAGACUCUGGGAGAGAGGGCCAACCUCCCGCACUCACUCACUCACUCCAAAACGAACCGCCAAAAGAAACAGGCCGUCGCUGUUUCCAAGCCGAGGAUUUCACCCACGUGGGCACUCGGUGCACUGGUCACGUCACGUCCUCUGCCUGUCUCCAUUCUCAGUCUCAUUCGUGUUGGACGGAUUCUUUCGAAGGAAAUCAUUCC